UAUAUUUGCGUAUACGGUUACGCCUUGAAGAAUUGACUGGAAAUGUUUUAAACACCCCCUACUGAGCGACAUCACGUCGAGUCCUUAAGUCAGAAACUAUUACGAGUGGAGUGAAUCGUAUUUAUUAAGGUUUUGGUUAUUUUAAACUCUCCAUGAUGUUUGGUUUAGGGAGAGCUUGAAGGUCACCUUUCGAAGUUACAGUACUAUAUUUUUCCUAUGUCAAAUGUGUUUUUAAAAUGUUUCCCCACUGUGAUUGCCUAAAGCUGUUCUGGAUAUCCGUUCCGAUUGUCUCUGCUAUUCGAGAUUUUGUAUAACAAUAACAAAAAUGAAUUAUAAUAAUGUUGUUGAACUUCGCAAAAGCUGUAAUGUAUUAUUUUUGAGCUGCUUCGCUCAUCAAGGCCUCGAAUGUCGAUAUUUUAAAACGCUUACCCUCAGCGAGAUUGUGACUGACCCAGGUUUUUUCUGAGUGCAAACGACUUGCGAACUGCAAAUUUACUUUUCAGCGUCGAAUUAUUGGAAAGGCGACGAUUUGAAGUGUGAAUGCUUGAUUGACAGGAAAGAAAAAGUGUUUACAAAAUGAGCCUGUGAUCGUUGUCAGCAAGACCAUUAUUCGUUUCGUGGUAUUCAAUAUUUCACUUGCAAUAAAAAAUGAUCUGCAUUACACCCUGGGGAAAGAUCACAGUUCCAGAGCAUCAGAUUGGUAAAAAAUUACUUACUGCGAAGAAGGUGCAUUUCGGAAGGCUUGAUUUGUAUUUGAGGAGUUUAACGCUAGGAUUAGAAAUGUAAGUAGUUGAAAUAGGUUUGACAUGUACUUAACUCCUCAAUCAAAAUAAGCUCGCAGGUGAUAUGACAGGGUUCACGCAUUUAAGAAUACUUCAGCCAAUCACAACGCGUCUUGUUUCGCCUCAUGCUGAUUUCGCCAAUCACGAUCCACAAAGAAACCAUCUGUUCAAGGUUCGGCACGAAUACCUUCGGCACCACACUGUCAGAGAAGAAACCGCGACAGUUAAGCGGUUUUUGUCGCUAACGAAGCUUGUGUACGUUCUUGAUCGAGGGCAAUAAGUUUCCUUUGAGGCAGGGAAAUCACUUCACAUCGAGGACCCAACUACAAGCAAAUCGCGGCAUGGGGGGUAAAAGUGAAAAUACUUCAGAGUGCAAAAGUGUGACCAAUUCGACUCGGAAUUCGCCGUCUCAAGACGACAAGGGAGGCGAGGCAAAAGGAAGGAAGCACACCGGCAGAUCGGCAAGUGGUGACAAGAAAAAUGAUAACACACAACCUUCUAAGUUGACUUACACCUCAGAAGAAGAUAUUUAUUAUGAACCUGGAGACUGUGUUUACAUCGACAGCCAACGACCGGACGUCGCAUAUUUUAUUUGUGCCAUCAAAGAGUUUCGAAUGAGCAAAAGGGACUCUUUGGUAGUUGUAGUCAGAUGGUAUUACCGACCUUCAGAGGUUCCUGAAUCAGUAUACCAACUAUUAAUUCAGGAUAGGAAUGCUGAAAAUGGUUCAGGUGAUAACAUUCUUGAGGAUGUUGCUGUCAAGGAGCGGGAAUUGUUUAUUUCUGAUGCAACAGAUGUCUAUCCUGCAUCUGCCCUCAGGGGAAAGUGCAAGGUGAGACCAUUUGUGGAGAUUACAGACUCUGUGAAAGGAUACAUUGAUAAAGAAGAUUGCUUUUUCUAUGUGCUUGGUUACAACCCAGAGACAAGGAGGUUGGCAAACACCAAAGGGGAAAUUAGAGUUGGAGUCAGCCAUCAGGCAACCUUGCCAGAAUGCUGUCCCUUUCCUGUGAAUGGAUUUAUGGACAGGGAGGAUCCAAUAGAGGAGCUGGUAUGGAAUCCAACUCUUGAUGAUUAUGAAUUGAUGAUGUUUCUGCGUGCUGCUAGGAGCAUGGCGCAGUAUGCAGGCAUGUGUAAUGGUGGCUCGCCAGAGGAUGGGUACAGUGCUGUGUCUCAGGAUGCAACCACCAGUAAUGCCCUUGAUGUGCUCCAUCAGAACAAUUAUGAUGCAGCCAAAGCCCUCCAAGCACUGGUGAAGAAACCUUACCCCAAACAACUGGAAAAGAGGUGGUCUGAAGAUGAGACGAAAAAGUUUGUCAAGGGACUGAGACAAUAUGGGAAGAAUUUCUACAAGAUCAAGAAAGAAUUGCUAUCUCACAAAGAAACGGGAGAACUUGUAGAGUAUUACUAUACAUGGAAAAAGACUCCCACAGCGCUUAGUUCUCGUCCACAUAGACGCCGCAGACACAACGUGCUUAGACGCAAAGCACUUCCAAGAUCAUCUAAAAGCAUUGUUAGUGAAUUUGUUGAUCUUAGUUCUUGUAGCGAAGAAGAUUAUGACAGUGAUGACAGUGAAAGAGAUUUGAGCCUUUACUGCUGUCGCCAUUGCUACACUACUGAGUCUCGCAGCUGGCAUCACGGCAGUCAAAACAAAGUUAUUUUGUGCGACGAUUGUCGUAUCUACUACAAGAAAUACGGCAAACUUCCUGCUACCGACGAAACUCGCGAACCGCCUCCGUACAUGUUUAAAGGUGUAGCGGAAAGGGAGGUCCGAGAUGAAGACGGGUAUUUGGUGAAUGGAAAGUUGGCUUUGCGAAGCAGAAGAGCUAUUCCUCCCGUCCAAACAACAUUACGAUCUGGACGUAACAAGACUUCAAGCCCUGUGGAAGGAGCAAAUAAUGAAUCAUCCGUUGGGAGUCGAAGAUUAGGGAAGAUCAACAAAGUUCCUUCGCCGUCCAGCGGUAGCACAUCGAGUACAGGCAGUAAUGGAGGAAAAGACAAAGUGAAGAAGGGCAAACUGAAGAAAGGGAAGAAACGCCGACGAGAUCAGUCACCGGAAAGUCAAACGACCGACAAGCGGAAGAAGACACAAACUCAGGAUUCUGACGAAGAUGCAAACGACAACGUCAGUGACACCAGCAGUACCACUGGGGGUAGAGACAGUGUGCUUCCAGACCACGAUGUCAGUAGUGUUUGCAGCAAUAGCAGUAACAAUAAUGACGAGGUGGCUAGUAACCGCUCUUGUUCACCGGCUGAUGCUCCAGAGCCUAUUAAACUGCCUGACAAAUUUAAGCGCCUGAUGGCGGGUGAGGAAGGACGAAGUUGUGCACGUACCGACGUCGUCUUCGUGCAUUCCGAAAAGCCGAAGAAGGACACGACGUGUUCUCGAGAAGUGUCUGUUUCUAAGGAAUCGUCUUCAAAGGCUGAGGCUAAUGAAUCAUCAUCAGAAGUGCCAGUUCGAUCCAGCGCCAGUCAGUCCCCGUACAACGCUCCAGCUACUAUUACUUCGCAUUACGAGGCGUCACGUCUAAAUAUCAUGGCUGGAGGACAAUAUCACUUGUAUCCCCCGAACAUGCCACCGGGUAUGUCAUCCCAAGGCAUCAAUAUAUCAGGAUUUCCACCUCCAAGUGUUGGAGUGGACUACAGAAUGCUUCCUUUCCACAUGUUCUCUGGAAUGGGCGUGGUCCCCGCUGGAGAUUCAAGGGAAAAUGCCGCGAAAUUUGCGGAAGGGUUUGAGCAAUGGUAUGCGCCUUAUCGCUCGGCUCAAAUGCAAUCCGGCCACCAUAUCCCUGCAAUCUCGUAUCUUCAGGGCCAGGGUAGGGCGCUGGAACAAAGCGCAUUGGACUCGCGCAACCACGAGUCCCUCCUUAAGGGGGGCCCUGGACGUGUUCUUACUACUGAUCCUGUUACAGGACUCCAGUAUUACGGACCUCAGCAACACUCGCAUUCUCACCUCCACACGCAUUUUCACAUUCAUCCUCACGAGCAACAACACCUUCAAAACUUACAAGCCGCUAAUCUUUCGGCUCUCGACCAAGCUUAUCUUCAACAUCCCGGGCUUACUACAUGGCGGAACCAUCCGUGGCAACAUCCUGAUCUUAUGCAUCUUCACGGCAAUAGUGCGCGUGGUAUUUUCCCUGAGGAAGUAGCUGCCUUGCCGGUUCCUGGGAUCGGGUCGACAAAUCUCGAUCGUCACCAACUUCAGCAGCAACUUAUAAUGAGCCAGCACAACAAAUAUCAUCCACAUGUGUUGGCUCACGAAGAGUUAAUGCGGUACUAUAGACCGCACAGUCGAAGACUUGAAAGCGACAAAAUGAACGAUCAUUUUUUCGCGAACAUCUUAAAAAAGGAACAUCGAAAUUUGCAAAGUCCUUCACAGUUAGAAAAUGUAGUCAAGAAAAGCUUGGACAGUUCUGGGAUGUAUUCGUCGCCUUCAAAAAAACCACCCGUUACUAUUGACUUAUCAGAUGAUUAAAAUUGUUAUUUACCGUUCGUCACGUUACAGUUAAAUCCUAAAAAGUAAAUUAAGUAAAAAGGCCUCGAAAUUUCUUUUUCAUUUUUUUCGUAAAUUGUGUAAAAUUAAGAGAAGUUCAGCAAUUUUCUGCGCUAAGAAAUAGUGUGACGUUUAUAUUUAAAAUUUUAUUAUAUAUCUGGUGCGCUUUAUAAGAGAAAAUGGUUAUUUAUUUCUUUCAAAACAUGGAUAAAUUAAGUUGGGAUCGUUAAAAUUGGUGAUUUUUUUAUUUUCAUUCUGAGAUAGUUAACACAAGAAGAAACAUUUUUUUGGUUACUUUAGAAAAAUGGAUGAAGACUCGUCCUAUCAUGGAAGUAAAACUUCAUAUCUUUCCUACUCAAAAACUAGAUCAAAAGAGUGAAGAAAAGUAAAAGGAUAUAUAAAAGGAAAACUUAAAGAAAUAUAUUUUAUUUAAAACCCUUUGUUUUGUAGAGUUUGGGUAUAAUUUUUUUUUCAUUUCUUACAAUAGGCGAUCAUCGUUUAAUAAAAUAAUUUGAUAUGAUGUUAUAAACCUUAAUGAGCUGUAAAAAAACUGAUGAUUUAACCAAAAAAGUUUUAAACAAAAAGGUUGUACAUUGAUGAGAUUCGUUCCCUAAGAGGAAUUUCAUUUCGUAGCAAGGAUUGGAUUGGCGUACAGAAAAGAUAGUGGGCGAGAGAAAGUAUUUCUGACAAAGUAAUCCAGCAACCAGAUCCAUCGUUGAACGAUAGAAAGGACCAACACUAUGUUGUCGACGAAAUUUAAUCGCUCAAUUCCCGUGAGUGAUUAAAACAGAUAUUCUCCUCAUAAUAUCAAGCAGACAGGUGAUGAGAAUUAAGAAAAAUAUCAAUUAAGAGAAUAUUAGUUGAUCCAAUACCAAAAUCUCCGAAGUAACAUAAGAGUUGUAUGGCGGACAGUAAGGAGAAUUAGUAAUGAUAUCGUGACAGUGAAAGGGUUUACGAGUUUGUUGGUAAAACGAAUUUUGUACGAGUUUUUUUUUCUCGUCUGUAUUACGUCACGUUAUGACUACAACGUCUCGACAAGCUUUCAAAAUAGUUCUGAGAGGAAAUAAAUUGACGAUUUGUAAAUAAAUGAUAUUUAUAACGUUCUUGUAAGCGAAAGGAGUUGUAAUAAAAUCCUUUUCAAAUUUA